GGUAGUCACUCGGUGAUGUACGGGCUCGAAUGGGCGCCGCGGGAUGGGCGCGCGGUGAAGCCCGCGUGGCCGACGACUCCGACUUCGAAACCCUGAAGAGUCUGCUGGCUUCGGACCGCGGCUGGACCCUCGAGUACGAACGCGACGGCGUCAAGGUCUGGGUGGAGGAUGCGGCCCACGGCGCGCUCAGAACCGUCAAGGUGGUGGCGGAGUUUGGGGACGUGGAACCGGACGCGUUGUACGACGUGCUGCACGACCCCGAGUACAGAUCCGUCUGGGACACGCACAUGCUGGCCGCCGAGGACGCUGGACACAUCAACGUUAAUAACGACGUUGGGUAUUACGCAAUGUCGUGUCCGGCGCCACUCAAGAAUCGGGAUUUCGUGCUGCAACGCUCCUGGCUGGAUACGGGUGAUGAGAAGAUGAUCCUCAACCAUUCAGUCUAUCACAAAGAUUUUCCGCCUAGAAAAGGAUUUGUGAGAGCCUUAUCACUCUUGACCGGGUUCGUGGUGAGGAGCCGGGAGGGCGUCGGAAGUUGGCUGGGGUACGUGUCACGGUCGGAUCCCAGGGGAGCCCUUCCGGCAUGGCUUGUUAACAGAGUAACAGCCCAGUUAGCUCCGAGAUUAGUGCAGCAAUUACACGCAGCGGCUCGAAGGUAUCCUGGAUGGAAAGCCCUCACCGACUACCCCUACCACAAACCCUGGAGGCACCCGGAGCAAGUACCGCCUUACAGAAUAUCCUUGGAUGAUUGUGUAGAUCCUGAUGCGCCACCGCCUCCUGAAAAUCCAAAACCCGAUACAUCCAAAACAAAACUAGACGUACCGCAGCACAGCGAAGCGGAGAGCCACAGCAUCGAAGAUCUCGGGGACUUAUCGUCAGAGUUCAGUGUGGAAGUUGAAGAGGACGUACCGGACCCCGCUCAAGAUCCCACAAAGAAGAAAGGAAAGUUCUACAGGCUGGUGAAAACGAUGAAGAAUCGACGGAAAAGCGUGCAAGUUGCGAAAUCUGCCGACAGCUUGACGGAGGGGAAGUCCGAGGAAAAACAAGAAAAGAAGAAAACGUUCAAGUUCCAUAGAAGAUUCAGCCUCAGUAGGGGAAGGGAAGAUUGAGCUUAAAAGAGUUGUGAGUAGGGAUUUUAAUAUUCACUCCGUUGUUUUUGCAACGGAGCCUGGGGGAACAUCUUAAGAGUCGCCUGGUUCUAAAACUGCUGCUUGUUUUUGGCAAUUGAUGAAAAAAAAAAGCUAAGAAUUGAUGACUAAAAAAAGCGGUCCUACGAACAAAUAUAUUUGAAAAAUGUUAUCCAUAUCUAAAGUAUAUUGUUGCUUUUAAAAUAUUAUAAUAAUCUUUUAUAUACUAUAUCUUUUAUAUUCAAUGGGCUAGGUGCUUUAAAACCGAUUGUUUAAAAAAGCGAUCAUCUGCAAGUUAACAAUUUAUCUUCUAUGUAUUUUUACUAUUAAAAACUUUAACAGAAGUGUGUAGUUAGUUGAUUUUACAAAAAAAAAACAGUUACAAAGCUCUAUUUUAUUUUUCCAUUUUGUUGUUUUUCCAAAUUACAACAAUCACUCGGCUUAAUGACAUUUGACAUUUAGUGUCAAAGACAGUUUGACAUAAGUCAAUGGAUAAAAAUGUUAAACAUCUCUCGCCGCGGUCAAGGAAACCGGAGACAUUACUAAAUAAUAUUUCUUAGCAGCUGAACAAAGUAAAUAAAAAGUGAGCUCCCAUUUUGUACAAUAUAUUCGUAACGAGUGCUUAUUUCAAACCAAGCAACAGCAGUACGGACAUACCUGCUGUAUGAUUAUAAUAAUAAAUUUAAUGCAAAAGUCGAUUUAUUUUGAAAUAAGACAUUCUGUCAGAAAAAUGUGAAAUUGAAAAGAAAUCACUUGUAUAUAGUGUAGUAUAAGAUGUUGAAGUAGCAUGUUGAUACAACUUAAUUAGAUCUCUUUCUCUGACUUGAAACUCGACUAAAUUUUCUGUGUUAGUUUUGGGUGUUUUUAACGUUUCUUGUUCAUUGUUAUUUGGCUUUAUGUACGUAGAAGGCAGUCAGCCUCGAAUUAUGAUAGCUGUUUUAAGAGUUGAUGUCUUUUUGGUUCCGGUAGCAACACACCACAUCGAUAUAUAUUUUCUUUUAUAAGAUGUAACCUGAAAAUAUAGGCCGCCUUGCCGUAUUUUUCCCAGAUUGUCGAUCGUCACUCCACAUAUCCAGUUUUUGUAAAUGUACUGAAUAUUCAAAUCGAAAUGUUUUUAAUUAAAUGUUUAUUAAAUGCACAAAUACCUACGUUAGAUAAGUAGUUAACAAUAACAAGUUGAUAAGUAACUUUCAUUUAUAAACAUAGAGGAAAAAUUUAUGUAUUCUUUCACAAGAAUAAAAAACCUUAUCCACUUACAAUUUGUAUCUUUUAGAAUUUAUUUACGUGUUUAUUAAUGAUGCAUUUCUAAUGAAGUCUUACAAAUGUUACUAGUGCAUUAUAAAAUAUUAGUUUGUUCUGACUUGACUUUCCCGUGUUACACGAACAGCGUGACUUACUGGUGGUAGGACCUUUUGUGAGUCCGCGCGGGUGGGUACCACCACCCUGCCUAUUUCUGCCGUGA